AUGCAUUCCCUUGUAGCAGCGGCACUUAUUUUCAUCCUGGUCCCAGUGUUGAUCUGGCACUUCAUCGUCUAUCCGCUAUUUUGGUCUCCUCUGGCGUCCAUCCCAGCAGCUCACCCGUUAUGUCAUAUCACAUCGCUCUGGAUUCAUUUGAAACGACUACGGGGACAAGAGUACGAAUGCGUGUCAGAAGCCUUUCUCUCCAAGGGCCCUUAUGUGCGCCUUGGUCCUCGUGAGGUUGCCGUUAACGACAUCGAAGCCGUCCGGAAUGGCUGGGGCGUGGGAUCGUCCAGCUUCGACAAGCACCACUCUUAUACGUAUUUCGGAACUCAUGGCAUCACCAACACCUUCACAACGCUCGGGAGCAACGAGCAUCGCGGGCGUCGCCAUCGUCUCCGGAUCGCGCACUCCCGUCAGUUUCUCAUGAAAUCGCCUGAUGUGCAAUCUAUUCUCGGCUCUCUCGUUCAACAAAAGCUGUACCCUCUUCUGGCAGAUCUCGCCUCAUCCAAAGAGGGAACUGCUUCCAUAAUGCCCUUGGCUCAAUCCUUCGCCCUCGACUACGUGUCAGCUUUUGCAUUCGGACUUUCUCUUGGGCACAACUUUCUCAAAGACCGUCUCGCCUACGAUCAGUGGUUUGCUUUGAACAACGACUGCUACCCGGGUGGUUUCCUCGGCUACCUCCUCAAGGAGCACCCGCGACUCGUGGAAUUUGCUCGUCGGCUAGGUGUGCCGAUCCUAUCUAAGACCUAUGUCAAUGCUCGUCGAGAACUGGAGACAUGGGCGCUGAGGAGAGUUGAUGCUGCCGAAGACCUGCUACAGUCCCGAAUGCAAGGUUCGGAGCCUGCACCGGGUGACCUGCCCGUGUUGUACGAUGCCGUCAGGACAGCUAUGGCACAGCAGAGCGGUGUCAAAGAUGCUGAUUUUGUACCAUCGGCGACUCAAAGGCUUGAACUGGCCAGCGAGUGUCUGGAUCACAUCACCUCGUCGGGAGAAACGUUUGGUACUACCUUCACCUACAUGCUAUGGGAGCUUUCCCGUCACGCGGACAUCCAGGCUGCGCUUCAUCUCGAGCUCUCGUCUCUAAAGCAGCCUCUCAGCGAAAACCAUUUGCCCGAGUCACGGGAUCUCGAGCAGCUUGAGUUGCUCAACGGCAUCAUCAAGGAAAGUCUGCGUCUGCGGAACACGGCGCCAGGUAUGGACCCGCGCGUAAGUCCUGCGCACGGCACAAGCAAGUUUGGCCGCAUCGAUGAACUGCCAAGCCACACGCGGGUCGGCACUUACGGCAGACAUCUGAACCGCAACCCAGAUGUCUAUCUGGAUCCUGAGGUUUGGAACCCAUACCGCUGGAUGUCCAAGGAACCUAAAGACUUGGCUACGAUGAACAGAUGGUUCUACGCUUUUGGUUCAGGGCAGCGAGGAUGCAUUGGGCAACCCAUUGCUAUGGAGUUACUACGCAUGGGGCUUGUAUCCAUUUAUACCAGCUUCAACACAAGCGUAGCGGACGAGAGAGAGUACCCAGGGGCCGAAUUACCUCCAGCUCUAGAGCCGUGA